AUGGAAUUAGAGCAAACAGAGCUGCGCAAAAGUAUUCCUCAUGUCGUGCCGGAUGAAAAUGCUUCUCCGGCAGGAAACGCAACCGAUAUGGAGCGCAAUGAGCUGCUCGUUGAAUUAACCAACAUUCAGCAGCAGGACAGAUCGAUUCGUCUGCAUAGCACACCAGGUUCCCCCGUCGAACUACUGUCUUCCGAUACUACGGAGACAUUUCCGGACGGUGGCCUGCGAUCAUGGCUCGUCGUCAUGGGCUCAUUUCUCCUUCUCAUGGGCUCGUACGGCCUCAUGAACUCGAUCGGAGUGAUUCAAUCCUACCUCGAAACGCACCAGCUAGCUGCCUACUCGACCACCGCAGUCGGGUGGAUCUUCAGCGUCUUUGUCUUCGUUGCUCUUCUGCUGGGGGUCUUCAUCGGUCCACUAUUUGACUCGCAUGGGCCGAAAAUGCUGGUCUAUGCCGGGUCGGUCAUCACAGUUCUCAGUCUGUUUCUCUUCGCUGAAUGCACCAAAUACUGGCAUUUUUUUCUCUGCUUUGGCGUCCUGGGAGGCAUUGGCGCGGCGCUUGUUAGUACUGUCGCCAUGUCCUGUGUUCCUCAUUGGUUUCAUGUCCGAGCCGGCAUGGCGAUAGGGACGGCGUUGGCUGGAGCUGGUUUGGGCGGUGUCGUGUUUCCAUUUUUAAUGCGAGCUGGCUUUGCCAAUGUGGGUUUUAAAUGGACAAUCAGGAUCCUGGCCUUUGUUGUCGGGGUUAUAUGUGCCGCGGGGUCGUUUAUGGUGAGAACGAGGCUGCCAAACAGUCUAUCGAAGGCGGUGGUCAAUCUCAAGUGCUUCAAAGACAUGAGAUUUACCUGGUUGAGUGCCGGCGCAUGGUUUUUGGAAUUCGAAUUCUUCUCUCUAAUGGGCCUAUAUCCGACGUUCGUUGUAUCCCAAGGCUUCUCUUCUGACACAAGCGUUUAUCUUCUCGUCGUGCUAAACAUAUCAUCCCUUUUCGGCCGUCUAAUCGCAGGCCGCAUCGCCGACCGGUACGGCCGCCUCAACACGCUGAUGCUCAUCGUUGCCAUGGCUAUUUUGUUCAUAUUCUCGAUUCUCUAUCCGUUUGGCCACUCGCUACCGGCUCUGUAUGUGUUUAGUAGUUUGUACGGCUUGGCUUCCGGGUCGUUUAUCAGUCUGGCGCCGGUGUGUAUACGGCAGAUUUCGGAUACUAAGGAAAUCGGACUGCGGUUUGGGACGUGUUACGCUUUGGUUAGCUUUGCUACGUUGAUUAGCAUACCCGUUGCUGGAGAGAUGCUCGGCAAAGCCGGCUCAAAAGCCCUGGUGGUAUGGUUGGGCGGUAUUCUCGUGUUGACGCUGGGGAUACUGCUGAUGGCACGGUGGACUUGCCUCGAGUAUCAAUGGAAGUGGAGGAUGAAAGUAUGA